CACCUCGCCGCCGCCCACUCCGCCCGCACAGUUUCCUCGAUCUGUCUCACCGCUGUUUGGAGGGCUGCCGCGACGACGCCCUCACUCUUCGCCGCCGGCAACUACCGCUACAACGUCUACGGCAUUCUUCCCGCUGGUAAAAUGGUUAACACAAGAAGGUUGAAUAUCACAAGAAGCUGCACCCGAAAUGGACGCCGUGACAACAGAGAGGAGUCUUUCCCACAGGUUGAUUCAUCACAAGAAUUUGAUGAUAAUUUGGAUCAUGUUGUGCACCAUGAUGAUGACCCGCAGAACAUGUUAGGAAACAUUGAGAAAGUCAAUAAGCGUGGGAGAACAGCCCUGCCAGAUGUUUAUAACCUUCCAGACGGAGCACGAAUAGUUGUGAGUUGCAAUCCACAUGGCCAGCCUAUAGGAGAAGAAGGUGGAGUCUUAGGGAAGUUUCUGGGCGUGAUAGCCAAGAAUGGAGCAUAUUGUCCACUUAAUGAGCAUGACUGGAGAAAGGUCAAGAAAGAUGGUGGUGAUGAAACAAUUCUUCAGUGUGUACAGACUCAGUUUUUGUGUCCUCCUUCCUGUAAGAAGUGGAUAUUAAAAACUGUUGGGAGAGACUGGAGACGAUAUAAAGCAACUCUAAAAAAGGGUAUCUUCAAACCAAAUGCAAACAAAAAAAGGAAAGCUUUAUAUAAGCUUUGUCCAGAGGAUGUGGAAGAAGACCAAUGGAAGGAACUUGUCAAAUUUUGGAAAUCAAAAGAAGGAAGGGACCUAAGUGAGAAGAACAAAAGAAGUCGUUCAUUGGUGAAGACAAACCAUACAGCAGGGACAAAGAGUUUUGCUCGUUGGGCUGAGGAUAUAAGACAAAAGGACCCUGAAAAAAGACAACCACAUAGAGCAAUUGUUUACUUAGCAACUCACAGAAAAAGACCUAAAGAUAAUCAACCAGAGCCUGUACAAAAUGAGCAUGUGAUUCAAUUGGAGGAUCUAAUAGAUAAUCAACCAGAGCUUGCCCAAAAUGACCGGGGAAGAAUUGCUUGGGAAGGCGAUGCCUUGCAUCAGGUUCUGGGUGAAGAAAAAGCUGGACAAGUCCAUGGCAUGGGUUUGCUUCCUGUCCCGAAGCAAGUUUAUGGUAGGCUACCACGGCGUUUCAAGAACAUGAAUAUCAGUACACAAGAUACAUCAUAUGAGGGAGGGGCUGAUGAAAGAGAGGAAAUAGCAAGGCUCUGGGAACAUAUACAAAAACAAGACCUGGUUAUUGAACAAUUGAGAAACCAACAAGGCAGUCAUGAGAACAAUGAAACAGCAAGGGAAAAUCACCAAGAAAACUUUGCCGACAAUUCGCAGACACACGUUGCGAAUUUUGUACGAAAGAGAGUUUGCAAUACGCCAGAUCAACAAGGUUUCCUCACUCGAGAAAGAGAGACAACAUUGAACAAGGAUACACUAGUAGAAAAUCAUGACAUGUAUACUGAUAAUGACGAGGAGUUUCCUGCUCAAAAGUAUCUUGAGCAUGGAAAGGACAAUGGAUUAGCACAUCAACAUGGAUCAUCAUCAAUACCACUCUCCACCAAUGGUUUUCUGCAAGAGAAGAACAAAACGAAGCAGAAUUUCCAAGAUACUACGGCGCGUACGCGACGACAACAAGACACCCAAAGCAGAACUCAGUGCCAUAUUCCCUCAAAGCGGAAGCAUAGUUCUUCGAUGGAGGACGGCACCAAAAUAAUUCUCAAGACUCAUGUAUAUCCCAACAGACGACGUGUGGCAUAUGCCACUUUUAUUACUAACUCACCAACUCAUGAUGUUGCUGGCGUCCAGUUAGGUUCUGAAUUUAUGCAUGUUAGUCUUGAUGAAGUUAUUGAUGCAAAGGAAAAGUUAGUAAGAGAAAGGUUUAACUGCAAGACAAUUGGAGAUGCAUAUGCGGCUGGGUUAACAAUUGCUUGGCCAUCAGCUUUUAUUGAGAAGAUGAAUUUUAAGGGAUGAGCUCUUAUGUCUACAUGUUAUGAUGUACUCGCAGGCAGAUUAACACGUUGUCCAUUCAAGAAGCAAAUAAUUCCACGGCGGAAGAGAAUUAGCAAUAAAUGU